AUGGAGGGACAAACUAAAAUCAUGCCUCCUAUGAGAUUAGUACAAAGGAACAUUGGGGUUAACCAUAACCUCGACAAUACACCUGUUGUGAGGCCUAAUACGCAAGCUAACAACAAUGGCAACCCUCUACCAGCUAAUGGGGGAAAUAGGUGCAACGCAGAUCCUCAAACUACCUACCAAAGGUUGGAAGCGCAAUUUAUUGAUAUGCAAGAAGACAUGAGAAGAUUCAGAAAGCAACACCCUUCAGUGUUAAAAGGGAACGCUGAUCCAUUGAACGUUGAACAAUGGAUGAGCAUGAUGGGGUCAACUCUGUACUUCAUGCGAGUCGAGGGGAACAAAAGGGUAGCUUGUGAAACUCACAUGCUGAGAGAUGACGCAAGGAUCUGGUGGGAAGUGAUCUCUCAGGAAAGAGAUGUUACUGCAAUGACUUGGGCCGAAUUUCAGCAAGCAUUUAAUGACAAGUACUACAAUCAUCCAGUACAGGCUUCAAAGGUGGAUGAGUUUGCUACUUUGAGCCAAAGGAAUAUGACGGUGCCUAAGUAUGCAUUGAAGUUUGAAAAAAUUGCCAAGUUUGCGGCAGAUCAAGUGCCAACUAAAGUGGCAAGAGUAGACCGUUUUGUUUGUGGCUUGAAACCUAUGAUAGCUAGAGAUGUGAAGAUUGUGUCAGUAGGGAAGAGGAAAGGAAGCGACAAUGCGGGUCAACCAGGGCAUGAUAAAAGUUCAAAAGAUAAUAAAGGAAACAACCGUACUGGGAACAAGGAAUGGGUACGGUUCCUAGAGUGCGAAAAGUGUAAGAAGCGCCACAAAGGAGAAUGUUGGGCAAAUGCAUGUCAUGACUAUGGUAAGGAAGGGCACAUCAUGAAGAACUACCCACAGAGGAGUCAAGAAGAUGCUAAGGAGCAACCUAAGAAGGACGGCAAGUUGGUUCCAGCACGUGUUUUCGCUCUCACCAAGCCUCAGGUAGAAGCAAGCACUUCCAUGGUCUCAGGUCAGAUCUCUAUUGCUGGAAUUAAUCGUCAUAUUUUAAUUGAUUAUGGUGCCACUCAUUCGUUUGUUGCUUAG